UCUAUAGAUAACCUCCCGUGACCUUUCGCGUUCGACUUUGCUCACAAACGAGAUUUAAACUUAAGGGAAUGUUGCGAUAAGGCAGUACCCGGUUGACCGGAUCACCAAUCGCACCGUACGCUUUAGCGAAGGCCCGUUUCGGAUCCGAUAAGGGCUGCCUCGCCGUGACACUUCCUUCCUCAUGCCUGAUUGGCACACCGUGAUCGUUGAUAGAUUGUACAGUUGACUUAGGGUAAAAUGACUCUUGCAGAUGUGGUGGCCAGCACCGGGAGCAUGAUAGUGGUGUCGAACCGGUUGCCUUUCGUGCUCGUCCGGGAUAAGGAUGGAAACUUGAAGAGAAAGGCCAGUGCUGGUGGUUUGGUAACAGCCGUAGCUCCGGUGGUGAUCAACGGAAAUGGCCUGUGGGUGGGAUGGCCAGGCAUACAUCUGAACGAUCCCACGGAACCCAUUCCAGAGUCGGAUCCCAACGAUAUCACACCGACGGCCGGAUUGAAAUCUGAUAAAGUCGUGGCGGUACAAAUGGACCCAGUGAUGUUCGACUCGUAUUACAACGGCUGCUGCAACGCCACCUUCUGGCCGCUGUUCCACUCGAUGCCGGACAGAGCCACCUUCAAGGGGGAGCAUUGGAAGUCGUACGUGAAGGCGAACAAGGAGUUCGCCGAUUGCACAAUAAAGGCGCUGGAGUCGCUGCCGCCUUGUACGGGCAACAACGACAUGCCGCUCAUCUGGGUGCAUGAUUACCAUCUUAUGCUCGCCGCCAACUGGAUCAGGCAGGCAGCCGAAGAGAGAGAACUGAAAUGCAAGCUGGGCUUCUUCCUGCACAUCCCGUUCCCGCCAUGGGACAUCUUCCGCUUGUUCCCGUGGUCGGACGAAAUUCUGCAAGGCAUGCUCGGCUGCGACAUGGUCGGUUUUCACAUCACCGAUUACUGUCUGAACUUUGUGGAUUGCUGUCAAAGGAACCUUGGCUGCCGAGUCGACAGGAAGAACUUGCUGGUGGAACACGGUGGCAGAACGGUUAGGGUACGACCUCUGCCUAUCGGUAUUCCCUUCGAGAGGUUCGUGGAAUUGGCUGAGAAGGCGCCGAGGGUGUUGAGCACCAAUCAGAAGAUCAUCCUUGGGGUUGACAGAUUAGAUUAUACGAAAGGCCUGGUACACAGACUGAGAUCGUUCGAGAAAUUGUUAGAAAAAUACCCGGAACACAUAGAAAAGGUGUCACUCCUUCAGAUAUCUGUGCCCUCCAGAACAGACGUCAAAGAAUACCAAGAUCUGAAAGAAGAAAUGGACCAGCUGGUAGGCAGAAUAAAUGGUAGAUUUACUACACCAAACUGGUCACCAAUUAGAUAUAUUUAUGGCUGCGUGAGUCAAGACGAACUGGCAGCCUUUUACAGAGACUCUGCAGUCGGUUUAGUCACGCCUCUCAGAGAUGGAAUGAACUUGGUUGCCAAAGAAUUCGUUGCUUGUCAAAUCAACAUUCCACCAGGUGUCCUGAUAGUCUCGCCCUUCGCCGGCGCAGGCGAAACCAUGCACGAAGCUCUGAUCUGCAAUCCGUACGAGAUCGACGAUGCCUCGGAUGUGAUCCAUCGCGCGCUCAUGAUGCCGGAAGACGAAAGAAUACUCAGAAUGAACUACCUCAGACGCAGAGAGAAACUGAACGACGUCAAUUAUUGGACUAAGUCCUUCUUGUCGGCAAUGGGCAGUUUGGUCACCCAAGAUGAACAGGACGAUGUUGGGUCCGUCACGAUGCCUGCCGUCACUUUGGACGAUUUCGAUGAGUACCUCGCAAAACCGAAGCUGCCGCGCAGACAGAAGCCUGAAUGCGAGGGCACUAGAAGAAACUGUUUGAUCCGAAAACCGCUCAACUAAUCGAUCAUCUUUGCACAUCUCUAGUUCUCAGUCUUCUGAGAAUAAAGAAGGACAUAUCUGCUGUCGCUACUGGUAGUGAACAAGAAUGCAUAAACAUUUCUGGGGUACAUUCCACUAUCGCAAAAUCCUUUCUAACCUAUCGGCUAAAAGCUUCCAGAGUUACAUUUGGUGAGAAUAGCAGAUACGGAUGAUUCUUAACUUGUGAUGACUAAAUGCUUGGCUAUCAUUACUUAAAUGUAUUAAUGAGUGAAUUUUGUUUUAGGUACAUUGGAAACACGCACAAAUUGGCGCUGCUCCUGGAUUACGACGGUACGUUAGCACCGAUAGCACCUCAUCCAGAUCUGGCAAUCAUACCUGCAGAAACUAAAAAUGUACUACAAAGACUGUCUAACCUGUCAGACUGCUACAUCGCUAUCGUUAGCGGUAGAAAUGUCAAUAACGUUAAACAAAUGGUGGAUAUCGAAGGAAUAACCUAUGCCGGCAACCAUGGUCUCGAAAUCCUGCAUCCAGAUGGUACCAAAUUUGUCCAUCCGAUGCCCACUGAGUUCCACGACAAAGUUGGAGAGCUGAUGAGACAGCUCCAGGAAAAGGUAUGCAGAGACGGCGCUUGGGUCGAGAAUAAGGGAGCCUUGCUGACGUUCCAUUUCAGGGAGACACCAAUCCAUCUCAGGGCUGGUUUGGAGAAGCAAGCUGUAACCUUGAUAGAAGCCGCAGGUUUUCUUGCGGCGCACGCGCAUUGCGCCAUUGAAGCUAGACCGCCUGUACAAUGGAACAAAGGUAGAGCCUCCAUAUACAUCCUGAGGACCGCAUUUGGUGUGGAUUGGAGUGAGAGAAUCAGAAUCAUAUACGUCGGUGAUGAUGCUACUGACGAAGACGCUAUGCAGGCCCUGAAAGGUAUGGCAGCGACAUUCAGAGUUACCUCUUCAGAUAUCACAAAAACGGCGGCCGAGCGCCGUUUGCCAUCUACGGAUUCGGUACUGACUAUGUUGAAGUGGGUGGAACGACAUCUGAGCCGCAGGAAACCCAGCAUGGAUCCCGGUAGGAUCCCAAGAAGAAAUUCAUCACAACUGGCUAAGCAACCAAUCCAGAUGAGCGUUUCCAUCGUUCAAGCAUCACCGUCAAUGACCGAUCGACCACACUCAGCCAAUAGUUUGUCACCAAACCAUCCCAACUAGAUUUGUACUCUGAUGAUAUUGAGGGCCAUCCCUGAAUCUGGAUAUUUUCACUAUCUGUGUUAUGUUUAACGUAUAUCAGAACUGAAGACCGACUAGGAAGCGGCACAUUUGUUUUAGGUUUGAAAUAUACUAUUUUGUUAUAAAAA